AUGAGAUCUCUUCACCACAUCCUUGCUGUGGAAGUCAAGUCCCAACAUGACUCUCUCAACGCACGCUUCGAUAGGCUCGAGUCGAUGAUGUUCCAACACGGUUCUCCUCUACGAGCCUCUGGCUAUCAGCAGAGACCUACCUACGGUCCUCUGACUUCUCGCCUCUCGAAGAUCGUCUUCCCUGCUUUCGACGGUACAGAUCUACGCGACUGGUUGUCUAAAUGCGAACAGUUCUUUGACAUAGAUGGAACUCCCCAAGAGAUAAAGGUCCGCUUGGCUGCUAUGCAUCUCACCGGCAAGGCUACGCAGUGGCACCACAACUAUAUGAGUACUCGGUAUGGCUUGUUUCCUUCCUGGCCCGAAUACAUCAUAGCUAUCUCUGCUCGUUUUUGCGAACUGUUUGAUGAUCCUCUUGCUGAGUUAGUUGCGCUCAAACAAGACUCUGACUUGAUCGCCACGUUUCAUGACAAGUUCGAAACUGCGCGAAUGCGUUUUGUCCUCCUUGAAGCUCACGCCCUUAGCAUCUUCUUGGCCAACAUGAACCCCCACCUAUCACUUCACACUCGUCAGUUCGAAGUGACAACCAUAGCCGGCGCUGCCAAGAUCGCUAUGCUACAUGAGUCUUCCCUUUCCCACACACCCUACCGCCAAAACAGAGCCCCCUUCAAUCCUUCUUCUUCCCAACGCCCUUACCAAAAAACCCACCAAACAACCCCUCUCCUCAAACCAAAUGAACCCACAAACACCCAAAAACCUAACUUUAUUCCCUGCAACCCCUCAGACAAACCUCCCCGCAAAUAUUCCUACCAAGAGAUGCAAGAUCGACGCUCCAAGGGCUUAUGUAUGUUAUGUGAUGAACCCUUCACUCCUGGACAUCAACUAAAACACAAGUGUUCUCAGAUCUACGUCAUGGAAGGCGAUGAAAUAGAUUCUGGCUCAGACGAUAGCCCCUCUGACACUGAGCACGAGACAACGCUGCCUGCUGCUGCUGAGACACUUGAUCAAACUGAGACUCCAGUGAUCUCCAUCAACGCCAUCAAUGGCUCUACUUCAUACAACUGUAUGCGCUUGGUGGGACACUUUGGCCAGCACAAGCUUCAUAUACUUGUAGAUCCUGGCAGUACUCAUAACUUUCUGGAUAUCUCCAUAGCGAACCAGAUUGGCUGUCAGCUUGAACCUACCAAACCGAUAUUCGUUAAAGCCGCUACCGGUGAUACACCCCACACCAACAACAAGUGUUCAGCUUUCACUUGGACUGUGCAAGGCUCUGCCUUUACAACUGAGAUCAGGACAGUUCCUCUUGACUGCUGUGACUUUGUACUCGGAGUGCAAUGGCUAUGCACCUUAGGACCCAUUCUCUGGGACUUCCUCAACCUCAGAAUGGAGUUCACUUUGUUUGGAACGAAGCACAUCCUACGCGGCGUCCUUAAAGCAGAGACGUCUCACACUGAUGACCCUGCUCUUCAGCAGCUCCUCCACACUUUUGAGGACGUGUUCCAGGAACCAAAAUCCCUCCCACCUUUCAGAGAAGGCUUUGAUCACCAGAUACCUCUCCUCGCUGGCUCUAAUCCUGUCAAUCUGCGCCCAUACCGGUACUCCUCCCUGCAAAAGGAUACUAUCGAUACUAUGGUCAAAGAUAUGUUGAAUCAGGGGAUCAUUCAACACAGUUCAAACCCUUAUGCUUCUCCAAUCGUUUUGGUCAAGAAAAAGGAUGGUACCUGGAGACUUUGUGUGGAUUACAGAGGUCUGAACAAGCAAACUAUCAAGGAAAAAUAUCCAAUUCCUCUGCUCGAAGACCUCCUUGAUGAACUCAGCGGUGCGAGAUACUUCUCCAAACUGGAUCUUCGCGCAGGCUUUCAUCAGCUCCGAAUGUCAGAGACCGACAUCUAUAAAACAGCCUUCAAGACGCAUCAAGGACACUACGAGUACCUCGUGAUGCCUUUCGGUCUCACCAACGCGCCUUGCACAUUCCAGAGUUUGAUGAAUCAUGUCUUUCAAGACCUUGCUAGGAAAUCAGUUCUCGUCUUCUUUGACGACAUUCUCGUCUACAGCAAGACCUGGGAGGAACACUUGCAACACCUCUCUGAAGUCUUCCUCAUCUUACAGCAACAACAACUGUUUCUCAAGCACCUCCGGAGACUGGCCAAUCCCUACGACACAGAAGCACCUCCGGAGCUUCUUGGGAUUGGCAAACUACUACCACCGUUUCAUCAGAGGAUACAGCACUAUAGCUCGGCCCUUGAGUCAGUUGUUGAAGAAAGACGGGUUCGCUUGGUCACCAGACGCUGCUGAGUCCUUCUCGAACCUUAAAGCGGCUCUCUGCACUACACCAAUUUUAGCCCUCCCUGACUUUGAUCAGCCAUUCAUCGUUGAGACUGACGCAUCAAACAGUGGCA